AUUUUUUCUCACUGGAUUUCAACUCUAAUCUAAAUCUUCGACAAGUGACAUGGAGUGACCUGUUUCAAUUGUUGUCAAUCAUUUAAAAUGAUACUUCAUUGGAUCUUUGUGUCAAAUUUCUCUUUGGUCAGUAAUCAAUUACUAAGUGCCAUGGAAAGGAUUCCCUCAUAUUUGAUCAAACUGAUGCUGCCUGACUAAAGUGGAGAUUGACUCCGUGAUCCUACAAUCUAUGGAGAAAAACAAUGAUUCUUGAAAGUUCAAGAUGAGAUUGAGAAUUUGUCGUUCUCAUCUUGACAUUAGGAUUACUUGGAUGGCUGGAAUUUGUUCGACUUGAUAAAUUUAAAGCACCAACUUUGAUUGAAGGUGACGAUCUUGAACGAGAGGUACAAAUUUAGAAGUAAACUAUCACCUACAGCUGCUGCACCAAUAUUCUUAUUAAAAUUGAAAACGAUUCCUUCAGAUGUUUUGGUUUCAAAAAAUUGACUGCUUGAUCAACAAUGAAUAUUCCAUGAGCUGUUUCAAAACUAGCGAUGACAUGGUCUACAUGCCUUUUAAUUUCAUUAGACGUUACUUCGAUAUUUAUGGGAAGUUUAUUAAAACCUCAAGCAAACAAGAAGUUUUUGAUUGGGGAUGCAGUUAUUCUAAAUUUUAUUACCCGAAGGCAGCAUAUGAUUACAAAAGCACCUAUCUCUGGUUUGACAAUGACAAUGUAGAAGUACGAGAUAGAAGUAAUUUAAUAUCUGGCCUCGAAUUCCAUGGAAGAUUAGGAGUCGACCUACAAAAAGCUUGUACUAUUUUGGAUAAAAACUUACCCAUCAAAAUAAAAAAUUUACACUUGUCCAGGAUACUUUUUAAAGGAAAACCUCUAAUCGACGACGUUAUGCUAUCUUCUAGUGCUCAUGAAUCUCACCUUUUCUCCGCUGCUCGUUGGUUACUUGAAAAUCUGGUUGGCCAAUUAAAACUAUUCGAAAGCUUUCUAAUCUGUAUUCCAAUCUUAAUAUUGAAACCGUGCUGGUAUCCAGCAAUGGAUCAGGGACAAGCAAUCUCUUUGCAGUUUUGUUUUGAACGGAGCUCUUUGGUCGGUUCGUACGAUUCAAAGAUAAGCUGUGCUAAACAAUUUGAAACGGUUGAGGAAUAUUUCAAAGAAGGUCUUGAAUCUUCAAAACACUUGCUACUUCUUUAUGACACUGGAUCUGGGACACUCUAUGACUUACGGCUUUUUUCAUUGAAGACUGAACCGAAAAUUGCUCGUUGGGAUUAUCAUACAACUCAUAUCAAUCAAUUUUUCUACCUUAAUACACUUCUCAAGGACCAACAGUAUCAAAAAGAUGGAUUUAAAAGGAAAAAGAGCUGCUCACAAUUAAAAUGAAGACAUUUAAAACUCUAAAACAAUUAUUUUGAAUGAAUUAAUACUCACGAAAUUGUAUUUAAUGUACAGUAUU